UUUAUCCAUUUAAUCAGAGAACCUGUUCUCGCAAGAGGGCAGAUCAGUUUAACUCACCCAUUGUUUUUUCGAUUGGGUAAGGUCAGUAAACACACGUGGACACAAGGCAAUCAUCUGCAGUAUAAAAAGACGGCGAUUACUUUAACAGCGUUACUAUUCCUGGAACAGUCUUCUAGCCAUUAUCACGCAGCAUCCCAGUCCUAUAAGCUAUAAGCGAGAAAAUGGUCGACUUACUAAAAUUCGUUUUGCUUUUGGUUGUCGGCUUUUCAUCAGUCCAGGCUGCUGUCGUGAUUCGCGAAGAAGAAAUUUGGCCGAAUCAUGUCGUCCGACAAGUGCCCGAGUUCCGGGCGGCUGCAACCGUCACCACAGUAGUCACCACCACGGCUACUGAUGCCACAACAAUUACGAUUAAGAAAAGAUUUGAUUGUGCAAAAUUAGAGGCGCCAUUGGCCACAACAGUGUGCCGUCGUAAGAGACAGUAUUGGAAUCUUCCACUGUUUGUCGACCCCACGUUUGUCAGCCAUGAUGAUUUUCAGCAACAAUUCCAGCCACUGAAACCUAAUAAAGUCAUUCAGGUGGCACCUUCUAGAUUGCCCCAUUACCCCAAUGUAGUCGCAUUCGAACCGUUCGCCGCCCAGCAACAGUUUACGUCUCCGUACAAUAUUCAAUCAUCGCUUGAUAAAACAUCCAUCCAACCAGCACUCCGCGUAGCCGAUCCCCUAUUUGGCGCCUUUUACGCAUUUUCUUCGCUUCUCUCCAAUAUCUUUGCUGGAAUGUUACGGCCGCAAUCAACUCCCGCCGUCCUUGUCACUAGUACAAAGACCGUGUACACAACUACUGACACCGUCACUUCAACUACGUCUACUGCCACCUACACUUUGAAAGGCGCUCAUUGUCUUCCGCCAGGAGUGGCCUUGUGCCCGGGAUCUGCGACUAGCUCAAUCACUCCCGAGACUACUUCGACCACCACAGCAGCCACGUCUACCUCAACUAGCACAGCAGCUACUACCACUACGGAGGGAACGACUUCUGCAGCGACAGAUUCAACAACCACUGGAUCAACUUCAACCACUACAACAGAUGCAACCACCACCACAUCGACCGAUAGUACUACCACCGACUCCACUUCUACAACUAGCACAACUGAAUCGUCCACCACGACCACUCCCGCCAGUGGUCGGUGAAGAAAUAAGCAACCCGAUUGCAAAAUUAACGACCGUGAAAAAUAUCCCAAUUUAGACGCUGACAUUUGAGAGGAAACUUUUAAAUAUUUCCCAGUAAAUGUGACAAUACUCAUUUACGACCUGCAUAAUCUUUCGAUAAUUUAACAUGUUAGCAUGCUGUUUGAACUGAAUCGUACUGUAACGUCCAGAAAUGAGACAACCA